AUGUUCCAUCGAUUUCCUGUCAUAAUUCUUAGUUUUGGUUUACUUGGAAGUGCUAUACAUGGACGAUGUAUCACUGAAGAUUGUGAUGAUGAAGAUUUAAGAGGGAAACAGGAGUAUCAGUCUUCGAGACCAACAAGAUUCUCCUCAACAAACUGUCAUUAUCAUAUGGAAAAGCUUUGCCCAGAUUGUGGAGCUGAUAAUUGUAAUGUUGAUAAGAAUAUUAUCGGUGAUAAUUGUUGGAAUUGCUGUUGCAAACAAUUAUCAUUACCUUCUAACACAGAUGAUAAUAAUGAUUUGGAUGAUGACGCAACCGUAUUAACAGUCAGAUGUGAACCAUCAUCUACAGAUUGCAAUUCGAAAGGUGCGGAAGAUUCAGGCAUUUUGAGAGAGGGUGAUGAGUCUUCACCAUCUUUGUGUCCAUCAUGUCUUCAACAAUCCAGGCCGGAUAGCGACACUCCAUCCAAAAAAGAUGUUAUGUUACCGGUGCUUCCCAAAGGUGUACCAAUCAUACCAUCUCCUCAGUUAGACUUGUUGACCAGUGGCGAUAGUAUCGGAUUCAAAAAUAUUCGCGAUCUUCAUUUAUCAACAAUUAAAUCACCAUCAGUUGAUAAGCAUCUUUUACAGGAAUCAUCUACGGAUAAUUUCCCAUCGCAUGAUUGUUGCACUCGAUGCAACAGUGUAAACUGUACGCCACGAAAUAACAAUGUAAUGAUAUUAGGAGCAAGAAUAUUCGAGAAUAGACGAAAUAGUGGAACCAAAUGUAAAAACAAACAGUUGAAAAAAUUAAUGAUGGCUAAUAUCAAGAAGAAUCCAACGCGUUCUAAACGAGCGAUACAACGAGCAGCAGAACAGAAAUUUGUUGCACAAUUUAAUGUUGUCUGUUCCAAAGGUGAUUUUAGCUAUGUAACACAUGCAACUGAUUAUUGUGAAGUAUCCAAUUUGGGUACUGUCUGCUAUGCUUUUAGAAUUCAUUGA